GUAGAUAUUCUCACCGAACUGGCAUUUCACUUGGUCUAUUUGCACUUCGCCUGCCCGAUCAGUCUGUGCACUGGUUGUCUCUUCCUUGGAGGGUGCUGUGGCUACCGUCUGCCUGUCUGCCUGGCCCGACUCGUCUACUUAAAGAUCCCCAAAGUCCCCGGAGAGCCCGCCGCUCCACCCGGCGCUUUUGGUCAGCAUAAGGAGGCAAAGCUUUGGACAACUAAGUUUAUGGAUUCCGCGCCACCAGAAUCUUACAGUCUCUUAGACAAGCGUAUAUCUCAUGUCUUUUCGCCAGCUGCUGAUCUGCAACUCAAAAGCUUUUGGGAAAAGUUUUUACUCAACUCCAUGUGCAAUGACAAUAAACGAACACUAUUCAAGACUUAUUGCCUUCAAUCACUGGUCGGGUGGAAUGCAAAAGCUCUGUCAGCUUCCAAAUGCGAAUGUUUGUCUGGUGAACUGGCAAACAAAAAAGAACUAGGACUAAAUCCAAUCCAGGGGCUCCAGGAUACCACUUCGGUGGACCACAUUAAGGCAUAUUCGAAGGGUACCAGAAAGAUGGUCGCUGAAGAAUAUCAAAUGUUGCAUGUUGCUCUGUGCAUCGAAACAGAGUCCCUUAAGAAUAUUUUCCACCAGCAGUAUGCAUGCGAUAUUUUGGAAAAAGUGCCUCUAGCUGAUCCUUCUGAAGGUGAGAAAGUAUGGUUUUGA